AUGAACACAGCCACAACAGUAGGUGUCACAGGUGAUGGCGAUGCUCGCCAGCGCAACAGUCCCGAGGAAUCAGAGAAGCGCAAACGCGUUUCAAGCGCCGUGCAGUUUCUUCACGACUCGCGUGUGAAAAUCACACCGGCAGCAAAUAAAAUACAAUUUUUAAAGUCGAAGGGCCUUACAACGGAGGAGGUUUGCGAGGCAUUUGAGAAGGCAGGACAAACAAUCCCACUGGAUGAGAUUAAAAAAAUAAUGAAUAAACCGUCUUUUGGGCAGCUUGGGUCGGGGGUUGUCAACAACAAUUUGGCGCCAGGACACGUGGGGAGUGAUGCAACUUAUGUUUUGCGACAGCACCCCUUUAUGCCUCACGCUGGGCCGCUUUACACGCAGCAACCACCGCCGUUUCCACAGACGCCUCAAGGGGCCAAGGAAACCGACUGGAGGGAUGUUAUUAUUGGCGUGGGCGCUGCGUUGAUCAGUGGCUUUGCUGCCUUCAAGGCGUUUCAAAUAUACUCACCGUAUGAAAUUCGGCGCAAGGAUGAGAGGACCAAAAAGGGAUCGCGAAUGGAAUCCCAGCGGCGAGGCAAGAGGCACGAAGGAAGUGUCUCUCCUGAUAGGGGAGCAGAGCGCCCGGUAACGUCUUUGCACACCAUGGCACCCCCAAUGCCUGCAACGCCCACACCGCUGCCCACCGCCACGGCAGCAAACGCUGCUGAGAGCACUGAACGGGAAAUUCAAAAGUUGCAGUCGGAAUUGAAGGAAACCCAAGAAGCGCUGGAGAAGGAAAAGAGGAGCAAAGCAGAGAUUUCAGUUUCUCUCGGUAAAUUGCGGGGGCAAAUUAACGCCUUAUCCAGAACGAAUGAUAAUUUGGAAUCAAGAAUCAAACUUCUUCAGGAAGAAGUUGACAAGGCAAAUUCCGAGGCAAACAAACGAAAAGAAUUGGAUGCGAGUUUCACCGGGGCCGCGGACGGCGUGCCGAAGUCACAGUCGGAGGAUGCCAUUCAGCCCAAUGGCCCACCUCUUUUGACACCCAAAAUCCUAGCGGAUACGGUAGGCUGCAAUUCAGCAGCUUUGAAUGAGUUGCCUGUGCUAACAGCAGUGGAAUUUGUUCCAGAGGAGUGA